CCAUCCGCUGGUCUUUUUAAACCAAGGCGGGACUCUCCACUCUGCUUACUUUGGUCAGGAUAGUCUGUGUGGAAGCGUCUCUAGACUUUAAAGGUCGCGACCAAUAUGGUGAGGACUAAAGCCGAUAGUGUCCCCGGAACAUACAGAAAAGCUGUUGCAGCUUCUGCACCCCGGAAGUCUCUUGGCUCCAGUGCUGCCAACUCUGCCGCCGCCUCCUCCAGCAGCAGCAGCCAGUGCUCCACACCUGCGAAGGGUAAAUAUGCUGGAGGAAACCCUGUGUGUCCCCGUCCCACACCAACCUGGCAGAAGGGCAUCGGGGAUUUCUUCGGCGGUCCUCCGAGGAAGCCUGAGAAGGAGAACCAGAGGCCCCGGGAGGUAGAGGACGAUGAAGAGGCGGGAGGGAGCGGCAUGUCAAAGGCCAGCAGGAAAUCCAGACCGCUGCCGGUUGACGAGGAGGACGACGAAUGAAGACACUGAAUGAACUCUGUUAUUGACCGUUGUUCCCGUCUGCUUAGUGUCAUUGUUGAUGUACAUCUGUAUAUACUUUCUGCUCAAUUUGUAUAGUUCAUUAAACUUUUUAUGUUUUUUUUUUACCUGAA